GAUUACAAUAUCUACCGGAGGUUGACACAACGCGUAUAUUAUUUGAAAACUGGCCAGAGUUUAGUGAAAUUAAAUCGAUUUAUCCGUCGCGAAAAGUCAAAAGUGUCUUGUCGUCUGUUUGUGAAACGUGAAGUUGUUAAAAUGGACUUAUUUUCUAGUCACUGGUAAAUCUUACUCGUGGUAUUAUUGGUUUUAUUGUUGCACAAAAAUUAAUUAUAUAAAAUGAUUUUAAAUUACGUUCAAUUCGUCGUUUACAAUUUACUGUCGUUUUCCAUUUUGGUAUAUUGCCAUUCAAAUGACUACUAUGAUAUAUUAAAUGUACCACGUUCAGCCAAGCAGAAUCAUAUAAAGUCAGCGUUUAGGAAAAUGGCUAAACAACUUCAUCCAGAUAAAAAUCGAGAUGACCCAGAAGCUUCAGAAAAAUUUUCAAAGUUACGAAAUGCCUAUGAAGUAUUAUCUGAUGAAAGAAUGCGUAAAGACUACGAUAGGUGUGGUGAACAGUGUGUCAAAAAGGACAGCAUGGCUGCUGGUCAUGAUCCGUUUGCCAGUUUCUUUGGAGACUUCGGUUUUCAUUUUGAUGAAUCACCUGGACAAAAAGAAAUUCCUAAAGGUGGAACUAUAGUUCUUGACUUACAUGUUUCUUUAGAAGAAUUAUACAAUGGUAACUUUGUGCAGGUAACAAGAAACAAACCUGUUAUAAAACCAGCUCAUGGUACAAGACAAUGUAAUUGUCGCCAAGAGAUGAUCACUAAACAAUUAGGACCUGGAAGGUUUCAAAUGAUGCAACAAAAUGUUUGUGAUGAAUGUCCCAAUGUAAAAAUGGUUACCGAAGAAAGUAUGUUAGAAAUAGAAAUAGAACCUGGUAUGAAAGAUGGACAAGAAACUAAGUUUACAGCAGAAGGAGAACCACAUAUUGAUGGAGAACCAGGCGAUCUUGUUUUUAAAAUAAAAACAACACCUCAUUCAGUUUUUGAAAGGAGAGGCGAUGAUUUAUAUACUAAUCUAACUAUUUCUUUACAGGACGCAUUAAUUGGCUUCCAAACAGAGAUAACCCAAUUGGAUGGUCGAAAAAUUCUUAUAGAAAGAAAUACUGUCACAUGGCCUGGAGCAAAAAUUCGUAAAAAGGGUGAAGGUAUGCCUAACUAUGAAAAUAAUAACCAACACGGUUAUCUCAUCAUCACUAUUGACGUCCAGUUUCCUAAAACUGACUUCUCUGAACAAGAUAAAGAAGAUCUCAAAAGAAUAUUAGGUGAAAACUCGAUCAAUAAAUUAUACAACGGUCUAAAUGGAUACUGAGGAGAAGAAUAUCUUUCAAGUCAUAAGUGCCACAAAAGAUAUUUUACUAUUUAUAAAUCUGUGAUGUAUAUGAUGUAGAUUUAUAUUUAAAUUAUUUACUAAAAUAAAUGUGUGCUUAUGGAA